CAUUGAAAACAUCACCCUUCUUGCUGAAGAAAUAAAUCACCAUCUCUCUCUUGCAUCGAUAUUCAACUCAAGUCACGCGCAGCGGCUCACAAUCAUUCCGCCGUCGAUAACGAGCUAAGGUACCUUAGUACCCAUCUUAGUCGCAUCUUUGUUAGACUCUGGUACCUUGGCAAAAUGCAACGUCGAGCAGCUUCGACCGCGCUUGAUGUUGGAAAAGCGCUUGAUGCUGGGAAGACAAAAAGCAAGAUGUUUUUGAAAAAGGAAACGAGGUGGGGAGAGACAUACUAUAUUGUUAACAGGUGGCCCGAUACUCCCAAGCUACCCGAAGAACACGAAUACUUUCGGAUCAACGACCUCCUUCUUGAUCUAGACGAUAUGCUCAGCAAACACGUCCGGCCAUCUUCAGAAGAGGACGAAGAGCGGGCACUCAGGAAAUGGUCUCGAGAUAGCAAGCGAGAUGAUGUUCGAUGGAAGCUUCACAAAAUGGAAACUUCUCUCACCUGGUCACGGAUAAAGGCUUCUGAAAUACGCUCAGAACCAUCUAGUUCAUGGCGACUCGGAAGCCAUGACCUUCUCUCAGCAGCUCUCCAAGCCCCAACGCCAGCUCCACUGAUCGACUCCUCAAAGAAACAAGGGCCUCCCAAUAAUGCGACUGCGGAGAGAGAGCCCAACAAACUUCACCUCAUCAGCUCAAACAACGGCAUUCCAAAACAGGCCUUGGAAGACGAUUCAUUACUCUUGCGCUGGUUUCAAUCGCGGGCGCAAUCGUCAUGGUCUGGGGAAUACCAAGCCAUCUCUCCGUCUCAUUCAGCUCAGCUGUCAGCAGCGCUGAGGAAGCAAGACUCACUCACUAACCUCCGUAGGCUAGUAUCACAAUACUUGUCAGUUGAAACCAGCGCCACCUCAUUUCAUCAACUCAAAAGCCCGGGCCAAGAAAAAUCGACAGAAGAUUUAUCUUCAGAUCUUCGCAAUACCUGUGAGAACCUCUUGAAGCAAGACACUCUACAGAAUAAGCAUGAUGUUCUGGUGUUCCUCGGUAAUCUUAGUCAACGAUUGACAGCUAGGGGAGAUCACUUGGGCGGCCCUUUAUGCGGGCUUGGAUUGAGACUCUCAGCGGAAAUCUGCAAGCCCACAGCCUCCAAGAGAUACUUUCAAAUUGGUCUUCAAAAUGGUUACUGGACCGGCAGUUACCAAGGGUCAAUGGACAUCCUCCACUGCCUCGAAACUUACCAACGUCACCUCAACAGUGUUUCGCAACCUGACGGCCUUGACCUGUGUGGGCGGCAGGAACUCCUAGAGUUAUUACUCGGUCGCAGCAGGACUCACAACCAUUCCGCUCUGUCUCUUAUCAAUGCUUGUCUACAUGGACGUGAACAGGAGACUGCAUUCGAGUCUUAUCGAGCAUCCAUCAUCCUGAUUGGUCAUUUGGGGAUGAUCGAGUGGCUUAAUCAAGAACAACGGACAUCAGCAGCAAUAAUUCAGAGACUGGCCCGGCGCAGCGAUUCGAAAGAUAAGAAACGUCAACUAGAGGCAAUCCUAAGCGAAGCUUUUAGGUCUGCAAAGAGUAUAGCCGGUAGUUCAGUUGUGGCACAGAGCCAUGAUGCAGUUCUAACAGAUCCCAGCCAGGCUGGCGAUGUGUGCGAAGAAAAAGACAGGAAUCAGUGUUGUCCACCGUAGAGGCACUUACAUAUUAUUAUCUUAAUACCUGGGUACUCUGUCCUAUACGGUAAAUUAGACCCCUGAGGAGGUACAACUGACAGCUGCAUGAAAACUUUAUUUAAAUUGUAUGAUGUUCUAAUAUGAGUGUUGGCCUUUUUAUUCCCUGA